CCUCCUGCGUUUCCCGGGACACUGCGCGAGCGAGGACUGUAUUACGAAGACGCUAUUACGGAUCGUGUUGAUUUGAACGCAUGUAGCUUUGAUUUUUUUUUUCUUUCUUAAAAAUCCCUCUCGGGUGGGAAAAAAAUCCAAAAGGAGGAUGCCCAUGGCGCUGAAUACCUGGCUCCUCUGUCUGCUUUCCAUAUUCAGCUGUGGACUCGCUGUGCAAGAAAACCCCAUGUUUGUGGAAUUGAGUUGCGGUGCUGGUCCCAUUCACGUGGUUCUGGAACCUCCUCGUCCUCUGCUGCUGGACUGCCAUCUCGGAAGCGCUGAGACCCUGCUCAACAUCACCUGGCUUCAGGACGGGGUGGUGCUGAGCGAGAGCGAGGCCGUCCGGCUGCUUCCCAACAGCUCGCUGCUCCUCCUACCGUCAGCUCAGGACGGGAAAGUCUCAGCAGGAAUGGAGGGAGCCUACAGCUGUCUGAGUGGGAGCUCGUUCGGGACACUCACCAGUCGCAGUGUCACUCUGCAGCUGGCCAGACUUUCUGCUUUCCUCCGAGACCCUGAGGCUCAGGUUGUACCGGUCGGAGGUACUGCACGCUUCGAGUGCCACAUAGACGGUGUACCCGCUCCCAGCAUCACCUGGGAGAAGAACCACAUGCCGCUUCCUGUAUCUGCUGAAUCAGUCAGUACACCGAGGUUUGUAACACUUCCAAAUGGCAUUCUGCAGAUUUUGGACGUCACGGCAGACGAUGGAGGUUUGUACCGCUGCGUAGCAUCAAACUCCGCUCACAAGCUCUACAGCCAAAAUGCUUCGCUAACAGUUACAUCAGGUCCUUCAGAGGAGAGCGAGGUGACGAUUGUAGCUCCUCCGCGAGACUUGACUGUGGUUCUAGGGCGGCCAGCAGUGCUCGAGUGUAUGGCUCAUGGCCAACCCAAACCUUUCGUGUCCUGGAGUAGACAAGAUGGGAAACCCAUUGCUGCAGAUGUUCUCGUCCUCGCCACCAACCUCGUCAUACCUCACACACUUAGUCACCAUGCCGGGGUGUAUGUGUGUCGCGCCAACAAGCCCAAAACGCGAGAGUUCGUCUCUGCGACCGCUGAGAUCCGCAUGCUGGCCCCUCCGGUGAUUGUGAAACCUCCAGAGUCAGUGUCGCUCUCUCGGGGGAACACGGCGAGGUUUGUGUGUAACAGUUCAGGUUCACCGGCUGCGUCUCUGCUCUGGCUGAAGGACGGCGAGCGUCUGCACUGGACAGCUCGGGUAAAGACUCAGAGUCCGGGCGUUCUCCUCAUCAACCAGCUGCGGCCUGAUGACGCUGGAUAUUACCAGUGCCUCGCCUCAAACGUCCUGGGCACCGCCUGCGCGACCGCCAAACUGUCUGUCAUUGUGAGGGCGGGACUUCCCAGUCCUCCGCUUCAUCUCCAGGCCACGCCUCUCUCUAGCACCUCCAUUCGCCUCACGUGGGAACCACCAGAACAUAACCGUGAGCAGGUCAUCGGUUUCUCCAUCCACUACCAGCGCGCCACAGCAGGGUUUGAUAACAUGGAGUAUCAGUUUGCAGUGAACAACGACACGACAGAGUACCACGUGAAGGAGCUGCAGCCUCACACGGCCUACACCUUUUACAUGGUGGCUUAUUCACCCAUGGGAGCCAGCCGUCCAUCUCAGUCUAUCACCAUAGAGACGGUGGAGGACGAAGAGUUGGAAGGUAACGAGACCCAGGUGACCCUGAGAGAGCCAAAGCCCAGUACAGCCCAUACAAACCAGUUCCAGAUGGUUGCAGGAACCCGUUCAGGCUUUUUUGAACUUUCAGAAUGGACUUUUCCGCAAACACCCAACCUUACUCAGGUGCUCCUUCCUCCCACUGAGCUCAGAGUGACAGCUAAGAUGAAUUCGCUCCAUGUCACAUGGCAACCGCCGCCCAAUCACACGCAGAUCACCAGCUACAAACUGGCCUAUCGGGAAGCAGAUGGCAUGGUGGCGACCAAUCAGGAGGGUUUUGCGGCUGGUGCUCCGCACAUCAGGCUGCGCAAGCGAGUAAAGCAUUACGAAAUCACUGGUCUUGCUCCUGAUCGCCUAUAUGAAGUGAAAGUGUGGGCGUGUAAUAAGCAAGCUGAAGGCUAUCCUGCCACAUGGAAGGGCCGGACCGAGAAAUUCACUGAUCGAGUUCGACCCCUGGACCACCCUCCCCCACUGCCCCCCAGCACCCUUAAAGCUCAAGCUAACAGCUCCACGUCCAUCUGGCUGCGCUGGGAGAAACCGCCCUUCAGCAACGUGCGCAUCAUUAACUACACGAUACGGUGCAGCCCCGCGGGCAACCGCAACGCCUCACUCGUCUCCUACCACACCAGCACGUCUCAGGAGAUCCUGUUAGGUGCACUUAAACCCUUCACCCGGUAUGAGCUGGCCAUCCAGUCCAACGGCAUCAACACCGGCGGGCCCUUCAGCGGCACGGUGGAGGAGUCCACACUCACUGACAGACCCUCAUCUCCACCUACAGACCUACAGCUGAGUGCCAUAGACUCAUCCUCUGUGUUGGUAAGCUGGCGCCCCCCUCUGGAGCCUAAUGGUAUUAUCAUAAGCUAUCAAAUGCUCUACAGCGGCAACCUCAGUCAGCCAGACUACCUGUGGACCAACCAGAGUCAUAAUGGAUCUGUAUCUAGCACAGAGGUUCUGGGUCUUUUGAGUGGGACACGGUACUACUUUAAGAUGGGGGCGUGCACAGAGGUUGGAGUGGGGCCGUUCUCUCCCAUAAAGGAUGUGCACACACCCCCGAUGAAACAUGAGCUGGACAUUCGUGCUGUCACUGGGAUCAUCGCCGGCGUGUGUCUCGGUCUUCUCUGCAUCCUUGUCUGCAUGUGUGUUAGCUUCCGCAACGGAAAAAGCCGUGAUGCUCCUGGAGGGCUGGAACCUACGCUGGUGAACACCCAGUACCGCAGGAACACCCAUCCCGUACCUGCCGUCAUGCCUAACUGCACAGAUUGCCAUGAACUCGAAACACUUAUGCCCCCCGGAGCCCAGGACCCGGUUCUGCCCCUAAAUGAACCUAAUGAGCAGCAAAGCCUCAUGGGUAGUGUAGGAGGAGCUUACGAUGCACCGACAGAUCUGAAGCCGAGCUGGAAUGGUUCAGUGAGCCGGGAAUGGGCGAGUCGGAUCAGCACCUACAAAGAGGCAAUAACAGAAAACUCACCGUGUGUCGUUAACGGACCGUGGGACGCUAAGGAGAGCCAGAACUGUCGUGAGGAGCAUCCUAACUCUCUGGGCUCGAACCAGGUGGAGGCAGACGUGAUUGUGCACACGGAGCUGUCCGAUCCAGUGGAGGUGGUGCAGAAGGUCCAGAGUGACACCAACCCCUCUCUGGAAACUCCUUGCAGAAAAGAUGCCCCGCCAUCACCAUCAUUCCCCUCAGUCAAACCUGACUCAAACACUGAAAUUCCUCCCAGCACCUCAAACCACUUUCAGGACAUUCUGGCUAAUCACAACGGGCCGCUGGAAAACGGGCUGGCCCAGCUGACUCUGGAAGACGUUUUCGAAGACGGGGUAUCCCCUGAACACCUCUUAGAGAAAAGAGAUCAUAGACUUCACCCUUCGAAGAAGGCCCUGCCUCAGAUAGGACUGUCCACUUCUCCUCCAACCUUCGCCAGGUCCGGCCUCGUCCACUCUACCUCAGGUGCGCAGAGCUACCUGUGCUCCUAAGUAUUAAAAGAAGAGGAGGAACCAUGAUGCCAAUAGUCCACGAUUGCAACGUGUUGUUUUAUAAGUGUGUACAUACAGAAUAUUUUUUUAGCUCUAGAAACCAUGGGUUUGCUUUUUGUCCCUUUUUUUACUGUGUGCAUGUAUUGUAUGUAUUCAACUAGUAUACAUGGAUACAUGCACAUGUGAUAUAAAUAGUAUAUAUAAAUAUUGUAAAUUUGGACUUUUCUUACUCUGAAGGUGGAAUCAGUAGUAGAUAUCAGUGUGUGAAGAUCAGAACAGAGCUGGAAGGGUCUAGUUCACACUAAUGAAAAGUAUAUUUAAAAACACUUUUUACAAUCUAUUAUUACUUAGUUUUUACUCAUAUAAAAAUGUGAUAUAUGGACAUAUAUACAUUCCUAUUAUAUGCAAUAUAUCUAAGAAUUUUAAAUAUAUGCCAUAUAUGGCAACAUAUCUAAAGUUAGUCCUUGUCAUAUGGGGGGCAUAUGUAGUAUAUGUAUUUAAAAGAGUAAUUUGUUAUUUGUGUAAAUGCAAGGGGCUUAUGAUGAAAGUUCUCAUUAAAGAAGUAGUAAAACUGAGCUGGUGCAAAUGUUUUAAAGAAGGCCUUAUGUCCAUGUAAGAGAUGCAUCAGUCUAUGGGAACUUUACACACAAUCAUUAACUAACACCACUUGAACAUUACAGUAACUCCACACAUCCCUUGUACAGUACUGAACUCGCUUCAAGGGUAACAUGUAAUUUUGGCCUAUAGGGGGCACACAUAC